AUGAGCGAGCCGGGCAACGAGCUGGACGAGCUGCUCUGGGAUAACGGACCGGCGCUCCGGCGGGCGGCGUCGCCCUUCCCGCCCUUCUCCUGCAGCCCCGCCGGCACUAUGAAGGCGCAGGAGCUCGCCAAGCACCCCGCGUCGGCGACGGCGAUGGCGCAGGGGCACGACGACGACGCCGUGCCGUGGUUGCAACAUUACCCCAUCAUCGGCGUGGACGACGGCGGCGGCGGCGAUACGGCCCCGCUGCCCCAGGACUACUUCUCCACCUUGUUUCCCGGGUUCUCCGACCUCCCCGCUGCGGUGGCGGGCAGAGAUGCCGGAGCGCCAUCGACGUCUCACGCAGCGGUCGUCGUGCCGCCGCUGCCGGAGCCACCUGUGCUCCCCAAGCAGCAGCAGCAGCAGCAGCAGCAGCCGCCGCCGCCUCGGUCCACCGGCGAGGGCGUCAUGAACUUCUCCUUCUUCUCGAGGCCCCUGCAGCGCUCGCUGCCGCAGGCCAGCGUGAGACCGUCUGCCGCGGGAAGCAAGUCCGUCGAGUCCACGCUGCUGCAGACCAACAGGCUAAGAAGCACCCCGCUGUUCUCGGAGCAGAGGACGGCGUGGCUGCAGCCGCCCAGGGAGUCGCCCGCCACGGUGGCCGCGCCUCGUCCUCUGGCACCGCCAGUGCCUGUCCAGCAUGCCGCAGAACCGGCAGCGGCGUUAUCCCAGAGAUUGCAACCGGAAGCGAGGGCUGCGGCGUUACCACCGAGAUUGCAACCGGAACCGAGGGCUGCGGCGUUACCCCAGAGAUUGCAAUCGGAGGCGAGGGCUUCCGAGAUGCCACCGCCGCCCGCAACAGCGACGACCUCGUCUGUCUGCUCUGACAACGGUGAGCGGAGCCAGCUGAAGAGGAGCAGCCACCAGACUCUGGAGUGGUCGGUCAGUCAGGACGACGAGGACCUUGACGACGAGGCCGGCGGGCUGAGAAGGUCGGCGGCGAGGAGCACCAAGCGCGGCCGCACCGCCGAAGUGCACAACAUGUCGGAGAGGAGGAGAAGGGAUCGAAUCAACGAGAAGAUGCGCGCCCUGCAAGAACUCAUCCCCAACUGCAACAAGAUUGACAAGGCGUCGAUGCUGGAGGAGGCCAUCGAGUACCUCAAGACCCUGCAGCUCCAGGUGCAGAUGAUGUCGACGAUGGGGACGGCCGGGCUGUGCAUGCCGCCGAUGAUGGCAAUGCAGCACAUGCAGAUGCCGCCCAUGGCGCACUUCCACCACCACCACCUCGGCGCCAUGGGGUACGGCAUGGGCCCCUUCGACCCGCGCCUCGUCGCAGCCGCCGGCGCCGCGCAGUUCCCUUACCAGAUGAUGCCCGGCGCGCCCAUGUUCGGCGGCCACGCGAUGCCUCCCCCGCCACCGUUCCACCAGGCGGCGGUGGCGGGCGCUCACAUGGCUGCCGGCCCCGUCAGCAACGACGCCGCCACGGCAGCGCAGGCCGAGCACGAGCAGACACCCGGCGACCAUCCGCAGGUCCCACGAGCAAUGUAG